CCGAGACCGGAAGAAGGACUGCGGGGCAGACGGCUGGCGGGAGCGCUAGUGGGUGUCCCGCGAUGGCUGCGCGUAGCCGGGGCGCUGAGCUGGACCUUAGCUGGAUCUCCAAAGUACAAGUGAAUCAACCUGCAGUUUUGAGGCGGGCACAACAGAUCCAGGCUCGAAGGAGCGUGAAGAAGGAGUGGCAGGCUGCGUGGCUGUUGAAAGCAGUUACCUUCAUAGACCUUACGACACUUUCCGGCGAUGAUACAUCUUCUAACAUUCAGCGGCUCUGUUACAAAGCCAAAUAUCCAAUCCGGGAAGACCUCUUAAAAGCUUUAAAUAUGCAUGAUAAAGGCAUCACCACAGCAGCUGUCUGUGUUUAUCCUGCCCGGGUGUGUGACGCUGUGAAAGCUUUGAAGGCUGCAGGGUGCAGCAUCCCUGUGGCAGCAGUGGCCACUGGUUUUCCAGCUGGACAGACUCAUUUAAAAACACGUUUGGAAGAGAUCAGACUGGCUGUGGAGGAUGGAGCUACAGAAAUCGAUGUAGUAAUCAACAGGACCUUGGUGCUGACUGGCCAGUGGGAAGCCCUGUAUGAUGAGAUCCGCCAGUUUCGCAAGGCCUGUGGGGAGGCUCAUCUCAAAACCAUCUUAGCCACAGGAGAACUCGGCCCUCUCACCAAUGUCUACAAAGCCAGUCUGAUAGCGAUGAUGGCAGGAUCAGAUUUUAUCAAAACUUCUACUGGAAAGGAAACAGUAAAUGCCACCUUCCCAGUCGCAAUUGUGAUGCUUCGGGCCAUCAGAGAUUUCUUCUGGAAAACUGGAAAUAAGGUAGGCUUCAAGCCUGCAGGCGGCAUCCGCACUGCCAAGGACUCCCUUGCUUGGCUAUCUCUGAUAAAGGAGGAGCUGGGGGACGAGUGGCUGACGCCAGAACUCUUCCGGAUCGGUGCCAGUUCCCUGCUUUCGGACAUCGAGAGGCAGAUUUACCAUCAUGUGACUGGACGAUAUGCAGCAUAUCAUGAUCUUCCAAUGUCUUAAAUCAGCAACUAACCCAGAAAAAUUCUUUACAACAAACUUUAAAAAUUUUUUUUUUCAUAAUUUCCAUGGUUAUAUAAUUCAAGAAUAGGUAACGGACUUUGCCCCCUAAAAUUUCCACUGAACUUAAAGAAUAAAGGAAACAAACCAAACAAAUCCAUCUGUGGAACUCAGAUCAGGCACAUCUGAAAUGCUCUUAAUUACCAGAAAAUCUACACACACUAAUCUUGUGAAGGUUUUCUCUGAAAAUCUCUGAAUAAAAUGUUCAUGAUAGCUUCAACUGCAUCAAACUCCAAGGGGAAAAUAAAGUAAAACUUCUUAAAAGCUGUGGUCUAGGGUAGGCGAAAUGGCUCAGCAGAUAAAGGUGCUUGUUGCCAAGUCUGAUGGCCUCAGUUUGAUCCGUAGGAAGAAGAGAACUGACUUCUGAACUGUCCUCUGACCUCCACGUGCCUACCCCUCCCACAGACUAAAUGAGUAAGAUAUAAUUAAAAAAUGAUUUUUUAAAGCGAUGUGUUCUAGCGAAAGGAAAGGCAGCAUCCAUCAGCUGCCAUAGCACACUGGGAGCCGCCCUGGGCACCCACCUUGAAUUUCUGCCAUGGAUAUGCUUCAUUGUUCAUUGCUUUGCUAAUGAGUUUUCUGGUGUUGCUAUAUUAAACUGAAUAUCAUUGAAUAUUUUAA